ACACUCAUCUCCAAAACAAAAAGAGAGCUUAAUCAGCGUUUUCAAAACAUGGCUUCAAAGAACAUGAUGAAAAACACGAUAGCUCUCGUCCUCACCAUCAACCUCGUCUUCUUUGGCUUCACCGUGGCCCAGGCUCCACCACCUCAAGCUCAGACGUGUCCCAGAGACAUUCAAGCUUGUGUCAACGUGCUUGGCCUCAGCGUGUUCAUCAAUCCUCGAAGUGUAAGCCAAUGCUGCACUCUCGUGGCUGGGCUUAACGCCUCUGUGGCCUCUGUAUGCCUCUGCAAUGCCGUUAGAAUCAAUAUCCUCAAUCUAGUGGACGUCAGUCUGAGACUUGGUCAGCUUCUUAAUACCUGCGGUGUCAAUCCCCCAACUGGUUUCAGAUGCGCUUAAUCUUCUCAUAAGACUAAAUAAGAAAACCAUUUCUGUAUUAUCGAAUAAUAAUGGUGCAAGUAUGUUUCUAUAAUAAUAAUAUGUUUUAGCAUGAUCUAUCUUGUUGUUAUAAUAAAGUGAAAACAGUCGUACUGUUUUCACAUUUUCGUAUUUGUCUUCUGCAAGUUAAAUUUCCAUAUAUGUUGUAUCUCUUAUUUCAGAUGAAAAAAAGUAAAAUACACUUCACUUUAUAUU